AUGUUGGGUUUAUAUUAUGAGGGCUGGAGGAAGAACCAUGUUAGCAUACAGCGAGGAAAAGAAGAAAAUGAAGUAGCAUGUGUUGAAAGCUAUGCGUUUUAUGCUCUUCACGCUGCGACUGCUAAUAUGCUACUAGAUUUAUUUUGCUUCCCUAUUCUUACUUCCAUUUGCAAGCCGUUUCCAUCCUUUAUGUCGCAGGACUUUGUCUGGGCCAACACGUCGGACUAUGAUCAACUUUCCCUUGUAUCAUUCCGCUUCCGAAUUGGUCUCAACGACAUAUCUACUCCUACUGACCUAGUAAUGGUGUCGUCAGAGUUGAGGAAUCUCGCUAAAAAGUAUCCGGAUCUUGAAAUUUUCACCUACCAGUACAGUCGUCCUAUCGCGGAUCAGCUGAAUGUGAUUUUGCAAUCAACCAUCCAAAAUGACUCACUAGCAGUCGUUUGUAUGAUAAUAAUCAGUCUGCUCUUUAUUCCCAACCCAUUAUGUGCCGUAUGGAUUACUAUUGCCAUCAUUACAAUCGAUAUUGGAGUUAUUGGUUUCUUGUCGCUAUGGGGCGUAAAAUUGGACCCGAUCUUUAUGAUUACUAUAAUUCUCAGCAUUGGAUUCUCUAUAGAGUUUUCAGCACAUAUCACGCACGGUUUUGUAAGUAAUGAAGGAAACCUCACUCCCAAGGAAAGAUGUAUUGAUUCUAUGGAGAAGCUUGCCUGGCCAGGUUUGUUAUUGUGUUUUAGAAACUAAUC